AUGAAUUGUGGCUUGAAUGAUCGAAUUGGUGAGAAUGGUGGUAUCAUCCCGCUUGCCCAGAGUGUUAUUGUUUUUGGAGAUGGUGGCUUUGUCCCGCCUAUGAAGGUCGAUGCAACUGGAAGAAGAGGCUUGUCACCACUCCAAAAAUACACCGCUGCGAUACAGAUGUUAGCAUAUGGCGUAGCAGCUGAUGCUGUUGAUGAUUAUGUGCGCAUAGGCGAGAGCACUACAAUUGAAUGCUUGAAAAAAUUUGUUGAAGGUGUCAUUUCGGUGUUCAAGGAUGAAUACUUCCGAAAAUCAAAUCCAAAUGAUGUACAAUGCCUGCUACAAAUAGCAAAGGGUCGUGGCUUUUCUGACAUGUUGGAUCGAUCUCCAGCGUUCGAUGAUAUUCUAAAUGACCGUGUUUCGGAGGUAAAUUAUACUAUUAAUUGUGAUAAUUAUACAAUAGGAUACUAUUUAGCAGAUGGUAUUUAUUCUGAAUGGGCUACAUUUGUCAAAUCAUUCUCAAAGCCACAAGAGGGAGAAACACAAGUUAUUUGCACAAUACCAAGAAAGGCAAAGAAAAGAUGUGGAGCGAGUAUUCGGAGUAUUGCAAGCACGCUUUGCAACUAUAUGUGGUCCAGCUCGCUUUUGGAAAAAAAGAAGCUUGCCAACAUAAUGAGAGCUUGUAUUAUAUUGCAUAAUAUGAUUUUUAAGGAUGAAAGAGACACUUAUGCAGAAAAUUUUGCUCAAGACUUAGAGUAUGACGAUGUCGAAAACAACUUAUCACAACCUCAGCUGGAAGAGGAAGAUUUUGCACCAUACCAUUAA